UCUGCAGCUGCCUCCAUGUUCCCCCAUAACUCCACAAGCCAUGGGAUGCCUCAUUGCUCUGAACAUCCCAUUUCUGCCACACUGACCUGCUCCUCUUCACUUUCCUUUCCUUGCCAGGCAGGAAAAGCCCACAGGCUGAGCACAGAGGAGAGGGAGCAGCUGCUGCCAAACCUGCGAGCUGUGGGAUGGAAUGAGGUGGAAGGCAGAGAUGCCAUCUUCAAAGAGUUCCACUUCAAGGACUUCAACCGGGCCUUUGGUUUCAUGACCAGAGUGGCUCUACAAGCAGAAAAACUGGAUCAUCAUCCUGAAUGGUUCAAUGUGUACAAUAAGGUCCACAUCACCUUGAGCACCCACGACUGUGGGGGUUUGUCAGAGCGAGACAUCAACCUGGCCAGCUUCAUCGAGCAGGUGGCAGCUUCCCUCUCCUGACCAGGGAUCCACACAGCCAAAACCCAAAAUCCCACUGUGCCACUGUGUCGUGCCUAGAUGGCUGCACCCAGAACCUUUUCCCACUUCCAAGCCAGAUCCUGGAUCCAGCCAGCCCAACACCUCACCAACCUUCCCAGUGCAGCUCAGACGGAUGGAGGCACUUCUCAGGGUGCCUGUAUCCAUCUCUGAUCCUGCAAAUUCCAUCCUUAAACCCUCCCUUAGCCAUGUGAUCCCACACCCCCAACUGCUGAGCCUCUUACAUAUCAGAGAGUCACAGGAUGGUUUGGGUUGGAAGGAACCUUAAAGAUCACCUCGUUCCACCCCCUGCUCC